GAGCCGGCUACUGGGCGGCGCGGAGCUGCUGGGUGGCCCGCGGGGGAAGUGUGCCGCAUCUCGGGGGCCCAGCCCACGGCCACAGGACUGCCUCUGAAUCGCAGUCCAGAAAGAAGAAAUGAUCAUUUUGAUUUAAGUUGAACAUUUGUCUCUAAGAUUAAGAAAACACCAUGCCCGUGCUUUCAGAAGACUCAGGUGCUUCAGAGGUAGAGGGAUGGGAUAACACAGGAUUACAUGAAACUUUGGCUCUGUUGACCUCUCAGCUAAGACCUGACUCAAAUCAUAAAGAGGAAAUGGGAUUCCUUAGGGAUGUCUUCAGUGAAAAGAGUCUCAGUUACCUAAUGAAGAUUCAUGAAAAACUCCGUCAUUUUGAAAGACAGAGUCCAACUCCUGUUUUACAUAGUGCAGCAGGAUUAGUCGAAGAUGUAAUAGAAGAAUUGCAGACAGCAUCAGUGAGUAAUGAAGAAAAAGAGCUACUUCAGCUGUUGUCAAUGCCACAUCUCAGGGCAAUGCUUGUUGUACACGACACUGUAGCACAGAAGAACUUUGAUCCAGUCCUUCCACCUCUGCCUGAUAACUUUGAUGAUUUUGAUGAAGAAUCAGUGAAAAUUGUUCGGCUAGUGAAAAAUAAAGAACCUUUGGGAGCUACCAUCAGAAGAGAUGAGCAUACAGGGGCUGUGAUUGUAGCAAGAAUCAUGAGAGGUGGUGCAGCUGAUCGCAGUGGUCUUGUCCAUGUUGGAGAUGAAUUAAGAGAAGUCAAUGGUAUUGCUGUGCUUCACAAACGACCCGAGGAAAUUAGUCAGAUUUUGGCUCAGUCUCAGGGAUCAAUAAUAUUAAAAAUAAUUCCAGCUAUCAAAGAAGAAGAUCGUCUAAAGGACAGCAAGGUUUUUAUGAGGGCGCUUUUCUGCUAUAAUCCCAAAGAAGACAGAGCCAUUCCCUGCCAAGAGGCUGGACUGCCAUUUAUGAAACGACAAAUCCUGGAAGUUGUAAGCCAAGAUGAUCCCACGUGGUGGCAAGCAAAGCGUGUUGGAGAUACCAACCUCAGGGCAGGCUUGAUCCCCUCAAAGCAAUUCCAAGAAAGACGAUUGAGUUACAGAAGAACUGUAGGCACCCUGCAGAAUCCCAACACUGUGAAGAAGCCGCUCUAUGAUCAGUCUUCUGAUAAAGAGGACUGUGACUGUGAAGGAUAUUUGAAUGGACAGUAUAUAGCUGGUUUACGCAGGAGCUUUAGAUUAAGUCGUAAAGAGAAGGAGAACAAUCAGAAUGAGGCAAAGCAAGCAGAGCAGGCAGACGCAGCAGAGUUUUUAACAUACGAAGAAGUUACUAAGUAUCAACAGCAGCGUGGUGAACAGCAGAGACUGGUUGUUUUGAUCGGUUGUUUGGGGGCCAAAUUAAAUGAGCUCAAGCAGAAGGUUGUCUCAGAGAAUCCACAGGAGUAUGGCGUUGCAGUUCCACAUACAACCAGGUCAAAGAAAAGUCAUGAGAAAGAAGGAGUAGAAUACAAUUUUGUGUCUAAGCAAUCAUUUGAGACAGAUGUGCAACAAAACAAAUUUGUGGAACAUGGAGAAUACAAAGAAAACCUGUAUGGCACAAGUCUUGAGGCAAUCCGGUCCGUGAUAGCCAAAAAGAAGGUUUGUUUGGUGGAUGUGGUACCUGAAGCAAUGAAGCACCUGAGGACUCCUGAGUUUAAGCCUUAUGUUAUAUUUGUGAAGCCUCUCAUUCCAGAGAAGAAAAAGCAUCCUCUAAAAUCUCCUGUGUCAGAAGAACUCUCAACCCCCCUUCAGGAUGAAGAACAGCAGGAAAUUAUUAAUUCAGCAGCAUUCAUUGAAGAGCAGUAUGGCCAUUUAAUUGACACUAUACUGGUAAAAGAAGAUCUCCAAAGUGCUUGCAAUCAGCUGAAAACUGUGCUAGAGAAACUAAACAAGGAUUCAUUUUGGGUGCCAGUCAACUGGGUUAGGUCAUAGACAGUUAUUCAUAGACAGUUAUCGUCUGAUUAAAGGAAGGACUGUAUAACAAUGUCUUGUAAAUAUGUGAAUUAUAAAAGGGAAACAUGUCAAAUUCACUUCAAAGCUGCCAUUCUAACUAGAAAAUAGCAUACAAAAACUGCAUCAGAAGAACUAAAAAAAGCAAAUCAGAAGCAGGCACUGCCUUCCUGAAUCAGAAUUUUUAGUGAUAGCUGUCAUUCAAAGCUGAACACUCAGUCUAAAGAGAUCAGUAGAAGAUUGGAGCAAUUUUUAGACUGUAAAUGCUGCAUUUUGCAAGGUAAAAUUUCAUAGGUCCCACACUUUCAAAGCAUUUAAGCAGUGCCUGAACAUUAACAGGCUGGAAUUCUCAGCCUUUGGCCAAAUAUUGUGUGGCUGGAGUUAAGGCUUCCCAAACUGGAUACUUUUCAGGGACCAAUCUGCCUACAAAACAAGCUACUUAAACUAGGUAGGAGGUAUAUCCUUUGGAGAGUGCUUACACCGUCUCAACUGUUUAGAAAUUCAGCUGGCUGACAGGUCAGCAAGACAUGUUUCCCUUCACUCAGAAUGAUUAGUUGCAAAUACUUUCCAAUUAGGAACCAAACUAGGUCAGCUAUGCGAGUUGUAUAUAUUUUAGCAGCUUAGAGAGGGUUGUUUUUUUUUUUUUUUGUUUUGUUUUGUUUUGUUUUGUUUCGUUUGUUUGCUUGUUUUUCAGUUUUUUCAUUCCACAUGUCCCAGCGCUUCUGGCUGUCUUGCACAAGUAGUCUGCUCAUCCAUAGCUUAUAGCCACUUUCCCCGGUCUUUUUCUGCUGACACUGGCCAAACAUUAAGCAACAUGUGAACACACCUGUGUGACUAUCAAUCUCAUAAUAAACUGGAGACAUUCUUUUGUCUACAUGAAAAUUACUCUAUAUGAUUAGAGAUAGGCCUUCAAGAAGCUUCUUAUCCACAAGGCACCUUUGGAAAUGCCAGCUGAUAGGAUGCUACAUGGACAUCAACAAAGCAGCUCUAAAGAGGGCACUAAAAUGAGGAGGCUGACAUACUAUGUAUCUGAUCUACAGCACCAAAUCUUCAUCCUUCCAGCGGUUAUGGAUGCCUUUCUUUCAACUCUGGUGAAGGGUUCCAGAGUGUGUGGUACAUCAAGUCCUGAAGCCACAUCAAUUUCUGAAGCAGAAAUCUUAACAGUUACAGGAUUUUGCUGAUAUUUCAGGAGACCUGAAUAUACAGGAUUUUUUAGGUAGGUAUAAAUAAGAAAAUGCAGAGAUACAGUUCUAAAAGUACCUAUGCUUUUAAAUUCAUUAUCUGAUAGAUUUAUGAGUAUUGUACGGGUAUAUGUUAGAUAAAACUAGUUGCUGUUUUCCUUUGCCUAUGGGGUUGCAAUCUUUCACACGUACUAUGCCCUUCAACAUCUUCUAAUGCACCAAUACCAUUCUUUGCAUCUUAACAAUACAGCGUAAUUUCUGUUCUAGCACAUUCAGCAAAACUAACAACACUAUGUAUUUAAAAAAGCGUAUUUGUUAUAUGCCAGUGUCAUUAACUCUACACUAAGUCUUAUCAGCCCCAAAAGUUGUGUAGGACAGUCACACAUAUCUGUCUUCACCAAACAGCUCUACCCUGGCAACUUUCAUAUGUCUUCCUGACUAUUGGUGUUGAGGUGCCCAUAGCACCUUUCACAAGCAGACAGAUCUGCUCUGGCUUUUCAGAGCAGAUGCACUGCAAGACCAGUGGCCUCUCAGCAAGCGUACAAGGAUUCCUUCAAAUGCUGGUUGCCUAUCUGCUCUGCUUUCACAUCUCUCCUAUCUUGGCCCAGCAUAGCCAUCAAAGGUAACGUGGCUUAUAAAAGAGACUCACUGGCCAAAUGAAUUUUGUGACAGAUGUUCAUAGGAUAAAGGUACAAUUGGGAAUAAUACUUUAAAAACUGCUUCAAGUUAAGGCUACUUAUUUGAAAUGUUCUUAUGAAAAUAUCCAAUAGACAGAGAUGCCUUUGUAUAAGUUGAUUGAUAUUGUCAUAGAUAUCUAUUACAGAUUACAAACAGCUUUUUACAGUCUGCAAGACACAAGCAUUUGUAGGAGAUAUAGAUAAAAUACUAUCUAAGGGUCAGAAUUCACUCAAAGCAAGCUUACUAUCCAAUCAGUUAAAAAAAAUUCCAAAGGAUUAGCAAUAAAUAAAUAGUUUGUGUGUUUUAUGAUCUGAUGUAGUCUAAUAAGGGAACCAUUGAGCAAUGCAAAUGAAGUAUACAGGUAUAACUGAAGUUACAGUAACUGAAAACUUAAGAUGUUAACAUGUAAUAUUGCUGUUAAAACUGAACUGGAAUAGUACAGGUUAAAUAAUAUUCUAAAUUGUGUGCAGGCAGCAAAUUGUGUAUGGAUGUACAUUCACCUUGGUAUUAAGUUGUGGCACUGUCAGAAAUGUUUGUCUUGUUUCUAGAUGCAGCAUUUUUCCUAAGUUCAAAGAAAAGAAUGGUGAGAGGAUAGGUAGGUAAAUGCUAAAGUUUAUGAUGAGCUAAGAUGAGCAUUACUUGUAGGGAAGAAAAAAAAACACACAUUCAAUGCUCCUAUUUAUUCUAAAAUCCUAGCAAAAGACUAUGCAGCAGAUAGCUAACAUUACCGGAACAAGACUCUGAUUUUGACAAGAUUUUGAGUCCCUGCUGUGUUAGCCAUGGUUGGUGUAUUCUCCUGCAAUUAGAGGGAGAAAAAAAAGUGAGAAGAGAAAGGAAAACAGAAUGCAAAUGUUCUCCUAAUUCAAAGCCCUGCUUUGUGAGCAGUCUCAAGAGCGCUACGUCAUAGUACUUAAGCAAACUGAACCUCUUCUCCCUUACCCCUUUCCCUCCCUUGCUCACACUUACAGAUUAAUGUAGUUUUCCCUAUUUCUAUCUGUGACUGGUAGUGUCUAAGGAUGAAUCUUAGUUACACUGUCUGAAAUUUUUCACGCAGUCUUCUGUCUAUAUACUGACCAUAUCUGAAAUUGUUUCCUUUUGAAAUGUAAGGUGUGUACAGUACAGCCAAGGAGCAUUUCAGUCAGUGAGACCAAACAUACAUUCAGAUGAUCUUGAAAAAUGAUUUUUUCCAGCCAAAGUUGCAAUAGAAUUAAGAUGAUAACCUUGCAUAUGUCUGAUAUGUACAAAUUAGAUCCCUGAUAUCUCAAACAGCUUAUAUGACCUGUGCAUUGCUUUAUAAAAUUAAACUUUCUGAGGUAAAACAGCAUACUUAAUUCUCUUGUGAGGCAAUGAGGUAUCGUGUCGUAUUCCGUAUGAAGUGCCUGGUGUUCUGCCAUAAAAAAAGAAAAAAUUGCCAUGGAUUUUGUCUUUAAUGGUAAUUAGGCAUUACCAGAAAACUAUUAUGACUCUAAUUAA